AUGGCCUCCAUACUCGCUGCUCGUCAGGUCCUUUCAGGAAUUUCCUUCAGCUCUGCCGUCAGAGGCACCGAGAUUGCUACCCGCAGCCUCCCCGCUCUUCCCCUACCAGUCGCGCCCCGCGGACUCGGCGUCACCGCGCUCUUCAGGUCGCGCAAAGCCGCCGUACCCGCGAAGAGCGUCCCCGCGACGAAGCUGCGCACAGAGGACGGCAUUUUCGGCACGUCGGGCGGGUUUGGAUUCACUAAGGCGAACGAGCUGUUCGUGGGGCGCGUGGCCAUGCUGGGCUUCGCAGCGUCGCUGCUGGGCGAGGCGAUCACGGGCGCGGGCAUUCUAUCGCAGCUCAACAUCGAGACGGGCAUCCCCAUCACUGAAACCGAGCCGCUGCUACUCUUCUUUAUCGCAUUCACUGUGCUCGGCGCGAUCGGCGGGCUGGGCGACCGCGGGCGAUUCGUGGACGACGACGCGCCUGCGGGUCCGCCGGUGAAGCCGGGGAGCUUCAAGGCGGCGCUGGGGUUGAGCGAGGACGGGCCUCUGUUCGGAUUCACCAAGGCUAACGAGCUGUUCGUGGGGCGGCUGGCGCAAUUAGGGUUUGCGGCGAGCCUGAUCGGCGAGGUGAUUACGGGCAGGGGCGCGCUGGCGCAGCUGAACAUCGAGAUCGGCGUGCCCGUGUGGGAGCUCGAGCCGCUGCUGCUCGCUAGCGUCGCCUUCUUCUUCGUCGCCGCCAUCAACCCCGGUACAGGGAAAUUCAUUAACGACGACGAUCGGACUGAGCCAGUGCAGAGGGAACGAGCUCAGAGAGGCACUGCUGCAGCUGCUGUGGGUUUACAUGUGCAGGGCCAAGGCAAAGCGAGUGCCAAUUCCCCCCUUGCCUCUUGUGAAUGCAUUGCUGACAAUGCUGCUGCUGCUGCUGCUGCUGCUGCUGCUGCUGCUGCUGCUGCUGCUGCUGCUGCUGCUGCUGCUGCUGCUGCUGCUGCUGCUGCCGGUGGUGCUGACGCUGCUUGUUUCGCCGGUCUCUGA